UCUGCAAAAAUAUCUGGAAACAUUCGUGUUUACGCAGUGUUUAAGGUCGGUUGUGCAAUAUUUGUCGCAUAAUUUGUCCGUAAAAUUCAAAGGCAGCUCAACCGGCCCGCACGGCGCCAACGUACGGUUAAUCAUUAGGCAUAAUGUAAAUAAGUGCAUACUGAUCACUGGAAUUACGAGUACAUGUCAAGGGAUUUCACGAAUUGCAAUUGAAGAUAUAAGAAUAAAAACUCGUGCUGUUUUUUGUUACAUGUUCAUUCGUUUGUUGAAAGUGUGUUUGCACAACCAUGCACGGUAACAAGUAAUAUUUGUGAAAAAAAAAAUCGAGUGGUACAAAAUUUGAAAAUUUUAUAUUAAAAAAAAUAAAAAGUUUAAAAAAAAAAGUUUUAUUAUUCGUUUUUACAAAUCAUGGACUCUAAUUACAAAGAAGUUAGUACACGUGAGAAUUAUGGAAGCAUUAAAAAGUGUUCGUGGAUGCCGUUUAUCAAGCAGUUCCUCGUUUGUAGUGGAGUAUGGACGAUUUAUUUCACCCUGGGAAUGGCCACAGGAGCACCCACGGUAUUCAUACCUCAGCUCAGAAAAGAGGCAAACUCUACAGAAGCAGUCUCGGAGGAAAUGGAGUCAUGGCUAUCAUCCGUCAUAGGAUACGGCGGGAUACCUUGGGUAUUCUUAUUACCGGUUUUCACUGAAUUCAUCGGACGCAAGAUACCGUUUAUUAUUUUGUGUGUGAAUUCAUUAGUGGCGUAUGUUGUUUUUUACUGCAGUACAAACACAACGCAUAUUUUAAUCAGCGAAAUUAUGCAGGGUAUGGCUCAGACCGGUGCUCAUACCAUAUUACCUGUCAUCAUAACAGAAUAUACGUCCGUUAAAUAUCGAGGGAUAUUUUUAACGAUAAAGUCAGCAUCAUUCUUUUGGGGAAUAUGGGCGUCGAAUGCAAUCGGAACGUUUUAUUAUUGGAAGAACAUCGGAAUUUUUGCAUUUGUCUGCUCCGCUUUCACCGUCACAGUUCUCAUUUGGCCUGAAUCGCCGUAUUGGCUAGCGACUAAAGGAAGGUUCGAUGAAUGCACUGCGUCAUAUCGCUGGCUCAAAGGCUACGACAAGGAGUCGGAGGAAGAACUCGAAUACCUAAUUAACUCCCAAAAAGAAUACAGAAAGUGUCACGCUGACGAUAAAACAACUUGGAGAUGGAGACUUAACAAUUUUGGAAAAACUCUUCUGUGUGCAGAAUUCUAUAAACCUGUUCUACUCUGCAUGCUGAUGAUGUCCCUUAACAACUUAUCGGGGAAAAUUGUGUUCAGCAUGUAUGCUAUAAACAUUAUUAAAAAAAUUACUGACAGCGAGUCAAUAGCCUAUAAGGGCAUGUUAGUACUAGACGGUGUUACAGUACUAGGAAUGUAUGUUGGAUGCUUGUUAGCUAAUUUCUUAAGGCGUAGAACUCAACUUUUAGUUGCUUCCACGUUGGGUAUGAUAUUUUUGUACGUGAUUUCAUUGUAUUUGUAUUUAGUUAAGCAGUCGAUAAUAUCUGAAAACAAUAUUCUGUCCAUAGCAUUGUUGAUAAUGUUUUCAGUGACCAUAAGUUGUGGACCAAUUAUAAUGACCACGUCGAUUUAUGGGGAAUUGAUACCUCUUCAGUUUAAGAGUUCGGCAAUGUUCGUAAUGGGUUUGUUUAGUGAUAUUUUAAUGGCUACAGUUCUUAAAGUUUCACCGUUCAUUUUUAGGGUGUUCGGUUUUCAUGGUGCAUGUUUAUUUUAUGGUAUAUCAGUAUCGAUUUGUGUACUAAUAUUGUUUAAAUAUUUGCCUGAAACUAAAGACAAGUCUUUACAAGAAAUCGAAUGUUAUUUCAAAGAUAAAUCAAAGGAUGAAAUGAAGGAGUUAAUGGAUCUAAAAAAGAGCGAACAAAAUAAAUCAGUACCUUAAUAUUUAUUUAAACGUAGGUUGUAAGCAAAAAGGCUCAUAAAUGUAAAAUUCAAUCAAUUAUUUGUUUACAAUCGUUGCGAACUUUACAAAUAAGUCUAAAUAUUAGGUGUAGAUCGGAAUUAAUCAUCAUACAUUUAGAAAAAUAUCAUAUAUAAGUUUAUUGUGUAGCUGAUCUUAGAAUUGUAAAUAUUAAGACUGAAAAUUUAAUUUCAGUAUUUUAUUAAGUACCAAACAAGAAAUUAUUUUUUACUCACAUUAUUAUACUAUUAUCAAAUUAGAUUAAGUGUAUAUACAUCAAUUGGAAUUAUAUUAGUGA